AUGGAUUCCCUCUGGAUCGGGUUGCUGGUGAUUGCCACCUGUGUGGUGCAGGGCAACACCCUGAUAUGCUACACCUGCAAAGAGCCAACUGACAUCUACAAAUGCAGAAACAUCAGUAUCUGUAACCAUGGUGAGACUUCCUGUAAGACCCGGCUGGAGAAUGUGGAGUCAGAAUAUCCAUUUUUUAACAAUGCCAUGGUGACCCGUUCCUGCUCUAACAACUGUGUGGCUACGGACCCAGAUACCAUCGGUCUUGCCCAUCCUGUUUCCUGCUGCUACCGAGACCUGUGCAACACAGAUAGUGCCUUGGGAGAUGGGACCAGGCCCAGGAUCCUGCUGGGUCUCCCACUUCUUACCACUUUCCUCUACUUGAUAUCCUUACUCUAA